AAGUUGGCCACUAAACACCACUCACUCACGGGCAUCUCUCGCCAUCCUUACUUUCCCAUCGGAAAGAACUCUCCUCCGUCCAUUUCCAUCUUGACGGCCCCCACUUCGCUCCGUAGGUGCCCCUUCAUCCGUCUCAACCGCGACAUCGUACGGAUCAAUUCACUCAGCGACGGAGGUGGACCCCACCACAGACAUCACGAGCCCAAGGAUGCCGCGGUGGCAUCGGUGGUUCUCCUGUACCCUGUCGUCCCCCGAGCUCUACUCCCCUUCUCACCGCAACCAGCCCUCAGUGCCUGCCUCCGCCCUCGCACUCCACCCCUCCCAAACCCAAAAAAUAAAGGAAGAGAAGAGGAGCAACUAAAAGCUCGCUCACCUAUGACUUAUCCCGCCGCCGCCGCUGCCGCAGUCGCAGACGAGGAGGACGAAUCCCCCGAAUCGCCGGCCGAGAACCUCGACCUCAUCCUGCACCAUCUCCUCCCCUUCCUCCUCGCCGCCGCCCUCUCCACCCGGUCCCUCGUCGGCCGGUGGCGGCUCCUACAUUCCAAGCUUUCCUUCCUCGGAGCCGCCCUCGCCGACGCCGCUGCCUCCCCCCACUGGCCCUCCAACCCACUCUUCUGCGAUCAUCUACUCCCCGCCCUCCGCGCCACCCUCCGCUCCCUCCGCGCCCUCUCCGCCCGCUGCCUCGACCCUUCUCUCUCGAGCGGCAAGCUCCGGCUCCAGAGCGACCUCGACGUCGCGGCCUCUGCUCUCACCCUCCACCUCCACGAUCUCCAUCUCCUCCUCCGCUCCGGCCUCCUCCACCACGACGCUUCUCCCCCCAACUCUUCGUCCGCUUCCGACGACGAUGCCGCUAUUGUCCUCCCACUUCCGGGUCCCUCCGCGUCCUGCGCCGAGGUUGUCCUCUUCAUCCGCGACCUCUUUGCCCGCCUCCAGAUCGGCGCCAUCGACCUCAAGCACCAGGCCCUCGACUCCCUUCUCGACCUCGUCGCUGCCGACCCCGCCAAGUUCUCCCGCCUUGUCGCCGAGGAGGGCGACCUCCCGCCCCUCCUCCGCCUCCUCGACGCAUCCGACCACUCCCUCCGCGACCGCGCCGCUGCUGCCGUUUCCCUCCUCGCCUCCGCCUCGGACGCCUCCCGCCGCGCCAUCUUCGAGGAAGGCGUCCUCGGCCCCCUCCUCCGCCUCGUGGAUUCCGGCUCCCCCGCCCUGAAGGAGCGCGCCGCCGCCGCGAUCCAAGCUAUGACCGCCGACCCCGCAUGCGCCUGGGCCGUCUCCGCCUACGGCGGCGUCUCGAUUCUCGUCUCCGCCUGCCACUCUGGGUCCGGCUCUCCCGUCGUCCAGGCCCUCGCCGCCGGAUCCCUCAAGAACGUGGCUGCAAUCGACGACAUCAGGUCCGCCAUGGCGGACGAAGGCGCCGUCCCGGCGCUCGUCGACCUCGUCCUCUCCGGCAACCUCGAGGCCCAGAAGAACGCUGCUCUCUGCCUGGCGUCUCUUGCCUCCAUGGGCGGCGCCGAGAUCCGCGCCGCCAUCAUGCAAGAGAGCGGCCUCCUCCAUCUCCUUCAGUUCCUUCGGGAUGCACCGGACCCGGAAGCAACAGACCACGCCCUGAGAGCGAUCAGCGCCCUCGCUGCCUCUUCCGCGGCCGCCAAGCUCCUCUCUUCGUCGGCGCCCUUCUUCGCGCAACUGACGGAUCUAAUCAAGCGCGGGAGCGCCGGUGUGCAGCAACUCGCCGCGACCCUGGUCGCCGACCUCUCCCCUGGCGAAGACAUCAAGCGAUCGAUGGCAGAGUCGAUGCCGGCGCUGAUCAAGAUGAUGGAAUGCUCGAAGCCAGCUAGCGCGCAGGAGGCGGCGGCGGGGGCACUGACGUCGCUACUCUCCGUCCGGUCGAACCGGAGGGAGCUAUCGAGGGACGAGAAGAGCGUGACGAGGCUAGUCCAGAUGCUGGACCCUAGGAACGAGGCAGUGGGGAAGGAGCUCCCGGUGGCGGUAGCGGUGGCGCUGACGGCCGGCGUCGGGGGCGGGGCACGUAAGCGGAUCGCCGAGGCCGGGGCGUGCCGGCAUCUGCAGAAGCUGGCGGAUGCCGACGUUCCCGGGGCCAAGAAGGCCCUUCAGCGGGUCGCCGGCGGCCGCCUCAAGAACCUGUUCUCCAUCGCGUGGCCCCAGUGACAAACGAUUAAACCCCAAAUCUCGUCUUGAAGGUUAUUGAUGGCGGGAAGGCUAACUGUUGAAGCUCACGAGUAAAAAGAGAGAGAGAGAGAGGUCGUGUGUUCUUUUUCUUAAUUGCAGAUAAGAGUAUAAGUAGUAUUGUUAUAGCGGCAGGUAGUUAGAGCCACCAAAGAGAAGCGAUGCAUGCAUGGAUGCGGAGUUUUAGGGUGUAUCCUUGUGCUGUUUGUGGCUUCUGCUACUUCUCGUAGCUCCUUUAUAUAUUUGUUUGUUGACGUGAUCCGGUGAUGUAGCGUGGGAUUUGUUUGUGCAAUUUUCGAGCUCCUCCUUUCUUUUA